ACAUUUUGCAGCUUUAUUGUAUCAGCUACAUUUUAUGUUGUCAUGAGACUGAAUCAUAUUCUGCUCGAAAAUUGCUUUACUCAUUUCGUACAAUUUUCAAUUAUAUUCCGAAUAUUUAUGUUCUGUUAUACUGUUGGUCGGGCUCGAAAGUGUGGUCGUACUCGAUGUGAAAUAACCUUUAACUCCACGUGAAAAUAAAGUGUGUGUCCUCAACUUUCCAUCUAUGUCAGAUGUAAAUAUUCAACUGCGUGUCAAAUGAUCCCAAUAACUUUGGUCACAUCAUUCCUGAAUUUUUCUAGUACUCAGCCGAGUUCCCUGCGCCUACUUGCUCUGUUAAUCUCACAUGGCGUCAUUGGUUACCGCCACUCUUUUGACAAAGAAGUUUAGAAAAAGAGCAUUUCCGGUGUGAAGCGAUGGACACGCUGCUGAGGAUCGUCGGAGCGGUGGCGAUACUUUUACUUCUAAAUGUCGAGACGUCGAUCUCAGAUAAAGAAACCAAGACAGAUCCUCGAUGGGAAAAAUAUUACAAGAAAAUUGAAAAUGCAGUGAAAAAUUAUAAGGAGUGUAUCCAGGAAGAUUGUUCCUGUCAUGCAGAGGUUAUUGAGGAAGACUUAGCAGUAUGGAAGAAAGCAGGAGGAAUCUUGAAAGAAAAAUUUGAUGCUGCCAAAGAACGCGGAACUCACUACCAAAUCAUCAACCACAAGCUGUAUAGAGAAGAUGACUGCAUGUUUCAAUUUAGGUGUAGUGGUGUAGAGCACUUUGUUCUGGAACUUAUUAAAAAACUUCCAGACAUGGAGUUUAUACUGAACACAAGGGACUAUCCACAGUCACCCAAGUAUUGGGAUCCCCUGCCUGUGUUUUCAUUUAGUAAGGUGAGAAAAGAACAUCACGACAUAAUGUAUCCAGCGUGGACAUUUUGGGAAGGAGGCCCUGCUGUGUGGCCAAUUUAUCCCACGGGACUGGGUCGCUGGGACCAGCAGCGGGAUAUUAUCCCAAAAAAAGCCGAACAGUGGCCGUGGGAGAAAAAGAAAAAUCUUGGGUAUUUCAUCGGCUCCCGUACCAGUGAUGAGAGAGAUCCGCUUAUACUGCUGUCGCGAAAAAGGCCUGAUCUAGUCGAUGCACAAUACACUAAAAACCAAGCAUGGAAGUCAGACAAGGACACGCUCCAUAUGCCCCCUGCCCAGGAGGUCAAGCUGGAGGACCACUGUCCAUACAAAUAUUUGUUCAACUUCCGUGGAGUAGCAGCCAGUUUUAGGUUAAAGCAUCUCUUCCUGUGCGACUCUGUAGUAUUCCAUGUUGGGGAUGAAUGGCUGGAAUUCUUCUACCCAGCAAUGAAACCGUGGGUCCAUUAUAUACCUGUGAAACAAGAUCUCUCAGAUGUUCAGGAACUCCUGGAAUUUGCACAAGCUAAUGACGAUGUUGUUAGAGAGAUUGCUAAAAGAGGACGUCAGUUCAUAUGGGACCACCUGAGAAUGGAGGAUGUGAAAUGUUACUGGGAGAAGCUCCUGAAACAAUAUGCCAAACUUCUGAAAUUUAAACCAAAAAGAAACAAAAACUACAAGCAAAUCAAACCAACAGCUGAGAGGGACGAGCUCUGAUGUUAUUUUCUCUUUAUUUUAUGCAUUUUAAGCUUACUAGUACAUCAAUUUUU